AUGUGCGGAAUAUUUGGAUACGCAAACUUCUCUACAGAAAAAACCAAGGACGAAAUAGCCAACAUCAUGAUAAAUGGCUUGAAGAGGAUAGAAUACCGAGGAUAUGACUCUGCAGGAUUCUGCAUCACAGACAACAGCGAUAGGGACUUUGUCAAAAUCAGGUCUGUUGGAAAAGUUGAUAAGCUUCGCGAAAUAAAAAACAUCCAAGCCCCCAUUGAUUUUUCAAGAAAGGUUUCCAACCAUGUUAGCAUUGCUCAUACUAGAUGGGCCACACAUGGCCAGCCGAGUGUUGAAAAUUCUCAUCCUCUAAGCAGUGACAAGGAGAACAACUUCCUUGUCGUCCACAAUGGAAUUAUCACGAACUACAAGGAUCUCAAGGUAUAUCUUGAAAAGAGAGGAUUUACAUUUGAAUCCAGUACAGACACGGAGUGUGCAGCAAAACUUGCACUCUAUUUCUACAAAGAGAUGGAGAAGGAAGGAAAAAAACCUGACUUCGUAUCAGUUGUAAAGAGGGUUGUAAGACAUUGCGAAGGAGCAUUUGCGUUUGUGUUUGUUUCUUCUUUGUUUCCCAACGAACUGGUUGUUGUUAGGAAGUCUUCCCCUGUCCUUAUAGGCCUCAAGCCCUCAGGGAAGAUGUCCUUUGAUUUCUUCGGUGUUAACUAUGACGACUCCAUGGACCAUUCUAUCUCUCCUUUGGGCUCUCCACUAAUGUCUCCAAACUUCGAUAAGUACAAAUUUAAUCCAAAUAUCGAAACUAUAUCAAAGGGCGUUCAAGAAUGUUCUCUGCAUACAUACAAUAAGGAACCUCUUGAGAUCUUUGUUGCAUCGGAUGCAUCUGCCCUUGUGGAGCACACAAGAAAGGUUAUCUAUCUUGAAGACAACGACAUAGCCCACGUGUCCAAUGGUAACAUAUUUAUCCACAGGAUGCAUUCAAAGAUAAAGGAGACCGGGUCUAGUACAAGGGAAGUCAAGACAAUCGAGACCGAAUUGGCUGAAAUCAUGAAGGGGAGCUAUGACCAUUAUAUGCUCAAGGAGAUCAAUGAACAAAGGGAAUCUGUGGUUAACACGAUGAGGGGAAGGAUCAACUUUGAAAACUUCAAAGUUUCUUUAGGAGGCCUUAAGGACCACAUCGAUGACAUAAGAAGAUCCCAAAGGAUAAUAUUUGUGGCAUGUGGAACCAGUUAUCAUGCCAGCCUUGCAAAUAGGGGACUGCUUGAAGAGCUCCUUGAGAUCCCUGUGAGUGUUGAAAUAGCCAGUGACUUUCUGGACAGAAGGCCUCCUAUACUAAGAAGCGACUGUGUGUUUUUUGUGUCUCAAAGCGGAGAAACAGCAGACAGUGUCAUGGCACUCAGGUACUGCUUAUCCAAAGGGGCUCUUUGUGUUGGGAUAACAAAUGUUGUUGGAAGCACCAUUUCAAGAGAAACAGAAUGCGGCAUCCACAUAAACGCUGGGCCAGAGAUAGGUGUGGCAAGUACCAAGGCCUAUACAAGCCAGUAUGUUGCAUUGGUGCUAGUUGCCCUUCAGCUAAGUGAACAGAGCCUUCCAAAACAAGAGAGAAGAAGAGAAAUAAUGGAAGGGCUCAAGAACCUAAGCAGCCAUAUAGACAAGACCCUGGAGUUGAGCAAUUCGACAAGAGAUCUAGCAGAUGUACUGAAGAAUGAUGCAAACCUUCUGAUUAUAGGAAGGGGACACCAGUAUUCAACCUGCUUGGAAGGAGCAUUGAAGAUAAAGGAAAUAACCUACAUACAUUCCGAAGGACUUGCAGCUGGAGAGCUAAAGCACGGCCCCAUUGCUCUUGUAGAUGACAAGUUCAGGAUUAUCUUUGUGAUAACAAAGGAUACGUUCUACGACAAGGCAAGAAAUGCAAUGGAACAAAUUCUUGCAAGAGGUGGAAAGCCUAUUAUGAUAUGCACCGAAGACAUUUCCAAGGACUAUGCAGGACACCAUCUGUUGGUUAUCCCGAAAACAGUGGAUUGCCUCCAGGGAAUCCUUGCUGUUAUUCCUCUGCAACUCCUAUCCUACUAUCUUGCCGUCGCAAGGGGAUACAACGCCGACUUCCCAAGAAAUCUUGCCAAGUCUGUAACUGUUGAGUAA